AUGACUAAAGUAGCUACAUUUCCACUGCCCGGCAUAAAACAUGGCAAUCGUAUUCUGGUGGCGACGAUUGAACAACGAGCGAAGAACGAUCCAGACAGCUCCUGGGUGUCGGCGCCUAUAGACAACAACGAUCUCUCUCGAGGAUACAAAGAGAUCACGUUCGCAGAGUUCAACAACGCAGUCGACCAUGCUGUUCACUGGUUGAAGCAGAAUCUCCCUGCGGCCGACGAGCCAUUCCAAUCGUUCGCCUAUGCGGGCCCUAAGGACCUUCGCUAUCCCAUCCUUGCUGCUGCGGCUGGAAAGCUGCAGAAAGUGAUGGUGCUCCCAUCGCCGCUGAUUCCGCCUGUAGCGCAGCGUUUGAUUCUGAGCAAGACACAAUGUCAGGUUUAUAUCAGACCGUCCAGCAUGGCGCAGGUAGUCGGUGCCAUUUUGGAGGAUGCACCCAAUGUCCAACAGAUUACUGCUCCUGAACUCGAGAGCCUCCUACAAGAGUCUCCUGCUGAGCCUUAUGUAUACCCCAAGGCCUGGGAGGAAGGAAAGAAUGAUCCUUGGCUGGUAGUUCAUACCUCUGGCACGACAGGAUAUCCCAAACCAAUUACCUAUACUCACCAGAUGAUGGCCGCCUUUGAUGUGGCUGCAUCUCUGCCGGACAUUGAUGCAUUCAUGCUGCACCACGCUCCUGGGAGACGUUGGUACACACCUCUACCGUCUUUGCACUUGGUAGGAAUGACGAUGAUUCUCUCCAUGACCACAUAUGCUCACGGAACCCUGGUCACCGGCCCCCCUACGCCUCCCUCCGCUGAUACCGUCGUCGAUAUCUUCAAACACGGACAUGUCGACAGCGCACUACUGACCCCAGCUCUCAUCGACAAAUCUCCUCUCUCGCGAAAGUCCGGCGACCUUCUCGCACCCCACGUCCAGCUCGUUCCCGCCAUCGGAACCACCGAAUCGGGCGGCUACUUCACCAAGUUCCGUCGUGACGAGAAGGACUGGGAUUACAUUGAAUUCCAGAAACACGCCGGGGCGGUCUUCGAGCCCCGUUCGGGAGACCUCCACGAGCUUGUUUUUGUUCGUCUGCCGGAAUGUAAAAUGCAGCAGGUCUUCCUCCUCUAUCCGGACAUCGACCGAUUCGAGACGAAGGAUCUGUGGGUUGAGCAUCCCACGCGCAAAGGGCUGUGGAAGAUUGUCGGGCGCAUGGACGACUAUCUUCCUCUGAGUCAUGGGGAUGGGAUUUAUGCUGCGUCGCUAGAGCCGGAGAUAGAACAACAUUCGCAGGUGAAAGCGGCGCUGAUAGGGGGUCACGGACGGCCACUGCCGGUGCUUCUGGUCGAACUGCAUGACGAGAGUGAAGUGGCAAGUGACGCUGGUCGACAGGCGAUGAUCAAAAGUCUACAGCCCUAUAUUGACAAAGUAAACGAGCACUGCCAUGACUGCGUGAAGCUGAGUCCUGAGCGUCUGAUCUUCGCCAGUGGAGGCAAGGCCUUCAUUCGGACGGUCAAGGGUAGUGUGGCACGGAUGCCGAGUCUGGAGCUUUACAAAGAGGAAAUCUCUGCAUUAUUCGAGAAUAACUAG